AAAGAUUUAAAAGAAGACUCCGAACAUUACAGAAUCACCACACAAAGUGUGAAGAACGGCUUGAAAAUGCGCUGGCUGAAAAGGACCACUGCCCCUCAUCAGGUGAACAUGCACCUCUCAAAGAGACGCCUGGUGAUGAACCUGAUAAAGCCUGCCAGCCCCCAACAACACCAUCACCAUCCAGAGAAGACGAGGCGCUCACAGAGGAGUCCCAGUCAUCCAGCCACAGUGGAUCAGAUGCAGGCAACAAACCUCCAUCAUCGCCAUCAUGAUGUGAUCAUCUUGUGAUUACGGAGAACAGCUGUCCACCACAAGCUCAUCAGUUCAGAGGCAAAAGAGGACUGUCAAAAGAUGAAGACAUGAUGAAGAUGAUGAUGAUGACUCUGAUGGAGAGGGGACACAUUCAGCUGCAGCAAGGUCACUUGUGAAGAGACAAUGGUGGACUGCAAGAAGACGAGACAAUGAAGAGGAUGGUGGUGCUGAUGAGGAUGAUGGGAGUGAUAACACAGAUGGAGAGUUGCUGCACAGCACCAACAGAGGGCCACAAACGAUGAAUUCAGCUAAAGAAAAACAUGAUGAUGAUGAUGACUAUGAUGACAAUGAUGUGAGUGAUGGCAAGACUGGUCCAGGCACUGAAAACACAGAUGGAGGGGUGCACCAGGAGACAGAUGGAAGACCACCUGUUAAGCAAAAAGAGAGAACUACAGAAAAACUUGAUGAUGAUGGUUUGGAUGUACGGGAGCCAGAUUCAACUUCAGCAAGCUCAUCUGUUGACAAACCAAAGAGGAUUGCAACCAUAACACAAGAUGAUGGUGAUGAUGAAGAUAGUGGAGACUCUGAGCAUGAUGCAAAGGAUAGAAAAAGGCACAUUCAGAAAACUGUAAAGAAACGAAAGCGUCAAGACGAUGAUGACUGGGAUGGAGAUGACAGAGAGACGACGGCAAGCAGAUCCCCUGGGAAGGGCCCAAAAAAGACUGCAAGAGAACGCAGUGAUGUUGAUGUCAAGAAACUAGGAAAGAGACCCUGGACGGACAAAGAGAGGACAGCAGUCAAACGAAGACUUGCAAAAUUCAUAGCACUGAAGAAGGUGCCAGCAAAACAGGACUGCCUCAUGUGCAUUGGACAGGAGUCUUCAGUCCUACGAACGCGGACAUGGAAAGACGUUAAAUAUUUCGUGUACAACGAGAUUAUUAAAGUCAAGAGAAAGCUGGCUUUAUAAAUGAAAAGAGCAGUUUUUCAUCUGAUCGUUUGUUUGUUGUUUGUUAGGAGCCCCUUUAGCCCUACAACACAACAAAUGUUUAAGGUUGUUUGUCUGUUUGUUAGGAGCCCGUUUAGCCCUACAACACAACAAAUGUUUAAGGUUGUUUGUCUGUUUGUUAGGAGCCCCUUUAGCCCUACAACACAACAAAUGUUUAAGGUUGUUUGUCUGUU